AUGACCGCGUGGAACGUGUUCCGAUACCUGGGAGAUAUCUCCCACCUCCUGUCAAAAUGUAUCCUUAUGCUAGCGAUACAUCGCAACAGAAGCGCCGAAGGUGUAUCCCUCAUCACCCAGGGUUUAUACGCUGUCGUCUUUUGCACGCGAUACCUUGACAUAUUCUCGGAGCAAAUCGCAUGGAACUUCCUUUUCAAGCUGUUUUACAUAACAACGUCCUUCUAUAUCAUCGGCAUCAUGCAAUGGGUCUACCCUCGAUCAAGGGAGCGUGAGAUUGCCUGGAAGGUCGGUGCCGGUGCCUUUGGUGGCUCUCUUCUCAUCUCGCCCUUCGCCAUGCUCAUUCUAGAAAACUUCUGGACCUUUAGAGUAUGGCUCUGGGAUUUCUCACAGAUUCUCGAGUCCGUCUGCGUCCUUCCUCAACUCCUUCUCCUUCGCCAGACGACCGUCCCCACCGUCAUCGAUUCCUUUUACCUUGCCACCCUUGGCUCCUACCGUGCGCUCUACCUUAUCGGCUGGAUUACCCGCGAGCUUGACAUUAAUGACAAAGCUCCGAACCCGGUGUCGGUCAUCUUCGGCAUUAUUCAGACCGCUCUCUACGUCGACUUUGCUUGGGUUUACUACACACGCCAACGCGUUAAGCUCCGCAGUGGCGGCAUUGUCGACGCGGAUGACAUGCGCCGUGGUUGGCUGCUCAACCGCAUCUUCGGCAAGCGUGUCGACGUGCACUCGGACGACGAGGAGAGCGCGCCGGCCCUCGGAAAUGGUGACAGCAACGGCCGCCGUGGCGGAAGACCUAAGUGGGGAGCCCGCGGCAUCUCCGUUAGCGCGGACGAAGGUGUCCUUGACACUGACAGGGACAACCAGCGACAAGCCGAGGAUCUUGACGGUGUUGUUGACCCCGAUGCUAAGAUGCAGGACCCUGAUGAGCUCGCUCGCGUAUUGGAUGACGAUGACGAUGACGACAUCAACCAGGCCUCCGGCAGCAAGGGCCAUGCCAACAGCGCGCCCAGCGGCAUCCAGAACGGCCAGGAAUGGCGUGACAGCUAG